CGAGCUCGCGCUCAACUUGUCGGUGCCUUUAGUCGCCCGUGGCAAACUACAUAGUAGCAAACCAUUUACAUCAAAACAACUUGACAACGAGACGACACCCACGGGGGGUCGAACCUCUGGGACUCAGGAACGGCUCGACUAGGAACAUAAUGAUUAUAUUUAAAGCAACGUUCGUGAAGCAUUAUGGCUACGCUUCAAUGAAAUCUUGACAGCGCGCGAAGUGGCUCUGGGCCCACUGGGCCACAGUCUUGCCAACUGUACAAUGGCAUCAAGAGGCGCGCAGCCAUCGGUUCCAAUUGUGUAUGCUCACCUGUUGAACGGGGUGGACAGCACCGCGCGGAACGGUGUGUUGGCGGUGUUCGCAACAUUGGCCCCACGUCGAAACUGGAUACCGGCUUGCUUUUCGGGUCGAGACGUUCCUGAUGGGUUGCAAGUCCUCAGCACAGCUCAUGGUCAUAACUCGCGGCUGCUGGAAGCGGCCUUGGCGACAUGGGGCGACCCGGCUUUCCACCAAACGGUGUCGGGCGCAUCAAGGAGUGCUGCCCGUGGCCACCCAUUCAGCCUUCGGCUAGUGCUCCCAACGGGCUUCCUGAAAUGCUUGUGCUCAGCUGGAAUGUCCACGGAGUAUCUCUGCGCCCUGGCGGGAGCCCCUCAGGCGACGGCAGCGCUUGGGGAGGCGGCAGCAGCGGACAUAGAAAUUUCCGUGGAGAGCUGUCUGUGGUGCGAUGACGACACGACUGCUGACGCCCGCACGCAUACUAUUGCGGCCGCUUCCGGUUCCGCUUCCACCACCGCCACCGUUACCACCGCAGCCCGGCGCAAGGCAGCACCGAGGCGCCCCGCGGCUCUCAUUCGCGUGGUCAGGCUUCUCGCGAGCCUGCCCGCCGGCGGCAUCGGCGCCCACAGCUUCAACAGCCCGCAUGAACGUGCAGCGACCGGAGCAUUAUUGCGACAGCCCAGCAGCGGCAGCCGUGCAGCUGCCAGUGCCUCUGCUGGUACUCCUGCUACUGAUGCUUUUGGUAUGGGCGUGAGUGCGUCCGCGCGCUCGGGCUCCAGAGCCAUGUCGCCACCCUCGCCACGGCCGUGUGCGGAGCCCGCAGCCUUCCGCGAUGCUGCCGCGUGUGGGCUGAUGGAGACCGUCAGCCUUCACAGCGAUGAUGACGAUGAUGGCGGCAAUGGCGUCGAGCAGCGCCGGCAGCACCAGCAGCAGCACCAGAAGGUGACGGAAAACUUGGGUUCCUCCUUCGCAAGGGAUCGGGGGCACCAACAGCAGUCGUCGGUGCCGGGGCCAGCGGCGCCACUGUCGCCGGUGCUACCUGAUGCACUGCAGCAGCUGCGUGCGGGAGCCUUCGGUGGCGCCAGCGGCAGCGGCGGCACGGGCCGGACGGGCGCCGCCGCCGCUGCGGCCCUGCAUUGUGCCUUCGAUGAAGGCUUGUGCCAGGUCACGGUCAUUUCUUUCUCGUCCGGGGCGGUCCUGUUUCAAAACGCCCGGUCCAAGGCGCUGUUCGGCGACCUUACAGCGCUACAACUGUGGCAGCAACACUCACCGGCCGGCGCCACCUCCGCUGGCCAGUUGCUGCUGCAGCUGCUGCUGAGCGGGGCUGCGGCCGACGGUGGCGACGGCAGCCCCCCCAGCAGCGACGACUUGAGCGACAGGGAAUCACCUGGGUGGCAUGGCCACGGCGGCCAAAGUGACGGAGGCGGCGGGAGGCGCCAGGCGCAGAAGGCUGUGGCGCGGAUGCUGCAGCAUCUCGCUGCGGGAGAGGUCUACACGGGAGUGGCGGAGCUCGCGCCGCCGUUGUUCAACCUGGCUGGCAACCUCGCCGCGGCCUCGGCUGCUGCGGCCGCGACGGCAAUGGCGGGCAGUGUCCACGGCCCAGGGCAGCCUCCGCCAGCGGCGGGGCCGCUGCCGUCAGCCUACAGCGCCGAAGCGGGCGGCCCGAGCGGCCCGGGCGGCCUGGGGGCCUUGAGUCCUAUUGCGUCCCCGCUGGACUCCUUCCUGACCACCUUGCGGGGUGCGGGCGACGAUUCCGCAGACGCCGGCCGCGCGGCGCUGCGCACCGCGGGGCUCAGCACCACCACGAUGCAGCACGCGCGCGGUGGCAGGGCCCGUGGCGGCGGCGGCGGCGGCGGUGACAGUGCAGUGACGACUGCGGCGCUGUUCACAAUGGACCUGCUGUUUGGGAGCGGCGUCGGCGGCGUUGGUGGCGGCGGCGGAGCUGGCGGAGGCGGCGGCGGCCGCCGGGCUAGCCAAACAGGCCCUGACGAAGUUGACAGGAUGCUUUUGGAGGCUCUGGCGUCAGAGGGGCGUGGCCCAGGCGAGGGCAACACACGGGCCGCUGGAGCUCGUCAGCGGGCCCCGCGCAGCCACCGGGCGCCAUCCACCAUCGUGUGCCAACGGCGCCAAUCGCAAAUCAACCCCCACGCUGCCGCCCUCGGGCUCCGGACCACCUCCUACACCUCCGCCGGCCUUGGCGCCGCUUCGCCAGCUACUGCCGCUGCUGCUUCUGCCUUCACAGUCGCCUCUGCUACAACCAUUGCGGUGCAGUCGACCGGCGCCGCGGCGACAGACACUGCCGGCAGAGGCUCGGGUGCGCUCUCCGGGGCCGCUACAGCCCCAGUCUCUGAGCCAGCGGCGUCAGGGGCCGGCCUGCCAUCACUGCCGCUGCUUCCAAACAGCAGUGGCGAGCUUUGCACGGGCGCCUCCGUACCGCUGCCGCCGCCCUCCCACGGGCAGCUGCUUCUGUCACGCCUGCUGCGCGCAACCAGCCGCAAGAGCGCGUCUGACCGCCUGAACAGCAUCGGGUUCGUGGAGGGCGGCUCUGCUGCGGGAGCAGGGCCGGGCACAGCAGCAGCAGCAGUAGCAGUAGCAGCUGGGGUGGGGAGCACUACGGCGCGAAGCGGACACAGCAGCGGCAGCAAUCUGAGCAGCGGCAGCGGCCCGCGGCGCGUGGCGGCGGAGAAGCAAACUGUUGCUGUCGCCGCCCCGACCGACGGCCCUGACCGACACGCAACCGCCGCACCCGCAUGGAUUGAGGGCGCCGCAGCCGUCGGCGUUUCGCCGUUCGCUGGCGGAUGUGGUUGUGCGCACGUCAUCUCUGGUGGUAGCGCUGACGCCAGCAGCGGCGGCUCUGGACGCUAUGAGUUUGGCCAGAGUACAUCGCAGCAGCAGCAGCGGCAGCAGCAGCUGGCGCGGCUCAGUCAGACACGGCUGCCUUCGUGGUUGGCGGCCCAUAGCAGGGUGCAGCAGGCGGAGGUGGCUGCGGCCGGCGAGGCGGGAGGCCAGGAGGCGGCGCUUGCCGGCCCUGCCGACACUGCUCCCGCAGCAGGCGCGGCUCCACCGCAAGGGCAGCGCCUGCUGCUGGCGCCGCCGCGCGUGGAGGGCGUGUUGGACGUCAAGUCGCUCGUGCAGCAGACCAAGCCCGGUAACCACAGCCACCGCCAGGUCACCGCACCCGAGAUGGGGCCGCCCUACCCCAGCGGCAGUGCGGACGGUGACGGUGCGAGCGGUGAAGGCGCGAGCGGUGACGGUGCGAGCGGUGACGCCGCCAGCGCGGCCCUGAUGGUUCUGCGUCCCAUGGGCUCGACUGCGGCGCAGCGCAGCAACAGUGGCGUGGGUACGGGUGCAGAUCCCUUCGCUGGGACCCUGCUACCGGACUACGGUUGCAUGUCCACCGGCGGCCUCUCGGCACGGGUGGCCGCACCCUCGGCCGCGGCUGGCGCUGCGGCGGCGGCUGGCGAGGGCACUGCCGCUGCUGCUGAGGAGCCGUACGGAGGCAGGAGCAGCAGCCUGGGCGGCGGGGGCGGCGGGGGCGGCAGCCUGGGUGGCGGGGGCGGCGGGGGCAGCUCAAGCUCGCAGCUGACGGGCGUGUGCGUGCCCAUGCGCUCCGAGAGCACCGUGUCGUCCUCCCGAGGCUCCUCUCGGCUGUUGUGGCCCUUUUCGGGGCGGCUCACAGGCGGCUGGCCUGUGAUGGCGGCGGCAGACGGCGGCAGCAGCAGCUGCACUACUGGUGCCGCUGGGACCUACGCCACGGCCACGGCAAUGUCGCCGGCGGCGUCCGGCGCUUCAGCGCCAUCGUCAGCAGCAAAGGGCACGGGUGCAGCUCCCACACCCAGCUCGACGCUGCAGACGCUGCUUCACGGCGCCGCGGGGCCGGCAGCGGCGGCUGCAGCGGUGGCGGCGGGCGGCAGGACGCGCCUGCCGCCGCGCCGGACGGCGACCUCGAUGACUCUGGUGCGGCAUGGUUCCGUUGCGCCGCCACCGCCGCCACCGUCAAUGGCAACCAUGGCCGCGGGGGUGCCCAUUGCUGAUGAUGGUGUGCACACACACGACAUAAGGUUGCUGCUCCCCGCUAGCAGCGCCAGCAGCUGCGCAGCCGCCGCCGACCCAGCUGCCACCGCUCCCAUCGGCACUGAUGCCGACACCGCGGACACUGCUGCAGCCAUGGCAGCCAUGCCGCCUCAGGGCUACGGAUCGGCUGCAGAUACCGUGGGUGCGUCGCCGUCGGCAGCAGCUCCAACACAGCUGCUGCAACCUCUCGCCCACAUGCAGCAGAGCCGGCCGUCAGGCCCCGAAUGGGUUCCCACGACGGUGCGCUGCUCGCUGCCUCCCGCGUUGUCCACGAUUGAUGACGCCUCCAUGGACUUUGCGGAGGUCCAGCGGGAUCUGCUUCUCGCAACCGCCAGCAACAGCCGCGAGAAUGCCAGCCGCGGCAGCGCCAGCCGCAGCAGUGCAGAGCGCAGCAGCGCAGGCCGGAGCAGCGCAGGCCGGGGUGAGGCCCUCGCGGCCCACAGCCAUAGCCGGGAUGGAGAGCGGCUGGCGGCGCCGGGCAGCAGUCACGGCGGGACCGGCGCGGGCCACGAGGUGCCCGGGGCGGGCCGCGGCGUCACGCACACCUCUGAAGAAGGCGUGGAGAGUGCGGUCAGCUCUGAAAUGGGGGCCCCGUCGUCGGCACAGCUGCAAGAGGAUGUGCAAGGGCAGGCUGCGGGCGAAGGCAGCGGCAGCGGCAGCGGCGUCGUGGGCAUUGACGCGAACCAUGAUUGGCUGCCAGGCUUUGGCAGCGAAGUGGAGAACGCAUGGCACGCCAGCGGUGUCGCGGCCACUUUGCAGGCGGAGGCACGGUUGGAGCAAGCUGCGGAUGCAGAUGGCAGCGCGGCAGCGGCAACGCCUGCUGCUUUGGGCGGCAUCUCCGCAGCUGCGGUGAAUGCUAGCAGGGGAGGCCGCAGCGCUCCUUUGCCGGCUGGCGCUGCCGCAACUGGUGGCGGCGCCGGCGUGGGUGCCGGCACCGGCGCUGCUGGCGCGAGUGGCACGACUGCCAGCGCCAGCACCGGCGGCAAUGGAGGCGUUUCCAGCCUGGUGUUUGGCAGCGUCUUUGGGAGCGCCAUCGGCCCAACACUGGAUAUGUUUUUGCCGCUGCCUGCUGACCGCAUACGCCAGCAGCAGCAGCAGGAGCAGGAGCAGCAGCAGGAGCAGGAGCGGCAGCAGCAGCAAGGGCAGCAAAGGGACGCGUUGUUACGCGAGUUGCAGCCGCAGGCGUCAGCGGGGAUGCCAGGGCAGGCGCAGCUGCAGCUGCAGCAGCCCGCCGGCCUUCCUGCGGCCACGAGUGUGGUGGACACGCUCAGCAUGGCUUUGGAGCGGGUUGACGCGAAGGCCAGCAAUGCUCUGCUCGAUUGCAGCGCCACGGCGGGGGAAUUUGCUUUGCUGCCAGCAAUAGGGGCCGCGUUCCCUGAAGCAGCAGAACCGCCAGCUUCAACCUGUGAAGGCGUCACGCCUAGGCCUGCGAGCGUAGCCCUGCAUGUUGCGUCGUCGGGCGGAGCAAUGCCAGCACCGUCUGGCGCAAAUGCGCCGCCGCAACCCGAGGCCGCGGUUGGGAGCGCGGCUACCGCGAGCAGUGCUGCCAGCGGCGACGCGGGGGCGUACAGGGCUGGUGGUGCGGUGUUUACUGCUGGGUCUCCGCCGGCUCCCAGCAGCCAAGCAGGCUUGCACUUCAGUGAGUCUGCCACGGCCGUGUCCCUGCUGGCAGCCGCCGGCCCGAGGGAGACCCACCGCUUCCGCUCCUUCCGCUCGAUUGAUGUUACCGCCAGCCGGGCCUGGGCGGACGAAGCACUUGCGGGCUCGCCGCGCAAUGCUCCACCAACUGGCGGCAGCCCGAACACUGUGGGCGGCGCCAUAGGCAGCGGCGCCGUGACUGCCGUCGCCGCCGGCAGCGCGGCUGCGGUGAUGGCGAGCCUGAAUGAUGGGGCCGCCAGCCAACGGGGGCGCCGCCGCCGGCCGCCGCAGCGCUCUGACACGUCCACGCGGCUGCAGCAGCUGCUCACCAGCUUCUCAGAGCUCCAGCACCAGCACCAGCAGCAGCUGCAGCUGCAGUCGCCGGAGCCAAGGACUGCAACUACUCUGACCAUGUCCCGCGCCCUGUCCCGCGCCUUCUCCCGACCCUCCAAUAGCAGCCUGUUGUCGCAACAGCUGCUGCUGCCCAUAGACUCGGCAGGCGCCGCCGCCGGCACGGCUGCUGGUGGUGUUGCCGCUGCAGGCGACGCUGGCGCCACCCCACCCAGAAGCGCGUCACGCGGCCUGCGGCGGCCGUCCACCCUACUCACGCGGCCUCGCUCCACCACGAGCUCGCAACUCGGCGAGCUACCCAUCGCGGCAGCUGCGGCGGCGGCCGCUCAGCUGUCAACGCCGCGCAGCCAUGCGUCUGGGAACAACGGCGGAACGUCACCACAGCAGCUGCAGCAGCUCUACCCCGCGGACGCCUUCUCAGCCACGCCUACCUCCACGUCAGCAGGCGCCGGCGCAGCUGUUGGCGUCAAUACCUCCGGUGCUGCUGCUCCCGGCGCCGCCGCCGCCGCCGCGGCCGUCGUGAGCAGCCGCGCGGCGCUGCUGGCGCUGGCCGCAUACAACAGCACCGGUGGCGACAGCAGCACAGGAGGCGGCGGCGCGGUAAGCGCCGCUGCCGCGCGCUGCCAUCGGCAUGGGGCCUCUUGUGAAAGCCCGGACCCCAGGCCAGCCGCUGUCCCAGCUGCUGCUGCAGCUGCUGCUGCCACCACCGCGGCAGCGGUGGCAACGGCACCGGCAGCGGCGGUCUGGCAUAAGUUACACAUCCGGCCUUUUUGGAUGCCGGUUUCUCGCGAGGGUGUUAGCACAUCCUCACAAGCGCAGCCGCGGCUGGGGAGCCGCGGUCAGGGCGCGGGGGCUGCAGCAGGCAGUGCUGCCGCUGCUGCCUCGGUCGUGGGUGGAUGCGUGCGUGACGCGGCAGCAGCAGCUGGCGGUGAUGGCGACGGCGCAGAUGGCGACGGCGGUGACGGCAGUGGCGCGGAACUGGUGCUGGUGGUGACGCAGGUGGACGUGACAGAUCAGGUGCAGGCACACCAGCCGCUGGUGCGGCUGCUGCAGCAGGAGCACAAGGUGCUUGAGGGCAUUUUCCCACGCCACAUCCUGGAGUACCUCACUCUGAGGGGGGGCGACGCGCCACAGCAGGCCCCACAGCAGCUGUUGGGCGGCGCGGCGGGUGCGGCGGCGGGCGGCGGCUUCGGUUUGGUGGCGGGGACCCUGGCGCGUGACGGACUGGAGAGGCUGGCAUCCCUCGCCACGUCGCACGCCUGCGUCACCAUCCUCUUCACAGACAUCGUGGGUUUCACCGACAUGUGCAGCGCCGCCACGCCGUACGAGGUCAUGUGCUUCCUCAACUUACUCUACAGCCGCUUCGACGGCCUGGUGGACAUCUACAAGGUGUACAAGGUGGAGACCAUCGGUGACUGCUAUAUGGUGGCGGGCGGGCUUGUCGCCUACGACAAGGAUGGCUACAAGUCGGUCAUCGCUGGGGAAGAGGAACCGCUGCACGCAGUGCGCGUCAUGGAGUUUGCCAAGGCCAUGCUGCGCGCGGCGCGCGACGUGCGAAUGCCGCACAACGGCGAGCCGGUGCGGCUGCGCGUGGGGCUGCACAGCGGCCCCGUCACCAGCGGCGUCGUGGGCGACCGCAUGCCGCGCUUCUGCCUCUUCGGCGACACAGUGAACGUGGCAAGCCGCAUGGAGAGCACGUGCCGGCCCGGCCACAUCCACGUCAGCGCGGCCACGCAGGCGCGGCUGCCCAACGAGCCGUGGCGUGACCUGGGCCUGACGGCGGUCAAGGGCAAAGGCCAGAUGCGCACAUUCGAGUGGGAUGCCGACGCGGACGAGCAUCUGGAUGGGCAGCAGCUGCAGCGCGUGCUGGGGCUAUACCUGUAACAAACAACAGUUGCAGGACUGCGAGUACAAUGCAUGAACACAUAUGUUUGUGCGCAUGGAACAAUAUAGCUCCAAGUGUUGUGUGUUUACGUGCUGGGAGCCGUUCGCCAGACAGUAAAAAUUAUUACACAGCGCAUGCGCAUGGCGUUCGUCAAUGUUUCAUGCUCGCCGUUGUUGGUGGCUUGGCCUGGGGAUAAGUUGGGGAAAUGUGGUGAAACAACAUGAACGGCAAUCGGAACUUGCUAUCUUUUGGAUGGGGUGUGGUGUCGGCGCACGAUCGAGCUAGCUUCGAACUCGCGCGCACUGAGUUUGCGUCGGCCAGUGUUUAGGGCGCUUACUAAUGCUGAUUGUCGUGCAACGGACCUCGCCAUCUUUUAGAAUUUGUGACAUUGUUCAUGAUGAUCUCUGUCUUGCAGUUUGGCCCGCCUGUACGUACUGCACGUACGAUCAGAAAUUCUUGUGGGCAGCCUGAAGCCCAGCAAGCGUUGCGAGGCAAUGAUUUCCAUUGGUUGGAUGCGGACUGGCCUCUUCAUGCUAUUUAGCCCAUUUAAACAUAUCAUAGACAACCACGCAUCAAUGCAUGCUGCUCUGUAUGUGCCAAAUUAUUCACAACACCAGUCAAACGGUUGCAAAAUGGUCUUCAAUAAUGCCUUCACUUGAACACUUGACUUAUACUGACGUGCAAUGCGGACGUAUCCCUUGUCCGUCCUCCUACCAGGGGAGUGGGUGGGUGACAGGUGGGUGGCAGGCUGGGUGACACGCUGCUGGGUGGCAGAAGGAAAUGGCCACGGUGUCUGCAAACGACAAUCUUGAAAUGGAGAUACGGCGGCAGCGGUAGUGGGUUGCGGCGGGAUGUUAGAUGAGAAUUAAUGCUGGUCGGCGGCUUCAGCAGGCCUAGGCAGCUGCUGUUGGUACUGUCGCUGCUGUUGUUGGUGUUCGCUCGAGUUGGCAACAACACGUUAAUGUGUUGCAUUCCAACGUGGCUGGGAACCGGCAUCUGGCCUAUGGCUGGGCUCGUGUAGCUCGUGCGUUGUGAUGGGACAGGGUAAAGGGCAGGUUGGCGUAGUCCCGUAGUGUGCAGCGUAUUCCCAGACCCCAACACUCAGAUUGCGAUGUCAAGGCAUGAGCGCGCGACUGCUACAAUGCCCAAGUUACUGUACUGAGGCAUCGCUGACUUGCUGGCAGGCAGGCUGGUAGUCUGCUGGUGCGCAUUCCAAUCCUCAUGCUC